UCAUCUAUCAUCGAGUAGGCCUGCUUUGUGUGCCUUCAAUGCCUUCUGAGCAUGUCAACUCGAGAGUGAACACUAUUGAGGGAAGACGAACAGGCACAAUUCUGCCUUGAGAAGCUAAAAAUCAACAACUUUAAAGGGAAACUGGGCAUGUGAAUAUGUAUGAUGUGGUCUGGCUGACAAUGUCGGACAGCUUCUUCCUUGUGGGCAACAAGAGUAAGUGCGCACCAUUGGAAGGAACACAAGAAGAAAGAACCUACAACAGCAGCGAGCGCUCUCGUUGCCACCAUAAUAUGACGAUGGUGGGAACAGUUUGAGAGAAGAAGGCCUUGUCAACAUACUGUGCUCUUUCAAUCACAGAAACAUUUAUUCACACAGUGAGUGGUGUUGGUGUUGGUUCAUUUGAUUAGAGGUUCAUCACAAUAUGCCCUUCGUUUCCAAAGAUUGGCGAAGUCCAGGGGAGAAAUGGAUUCGCUACAAUGGAGGAUGGGAAAUGAAGAAGACCGUGUGGAACGUCACUCAUCAAAGCAACCACCAUCAUGGUUUUACUUUUGACCUCCAGGUCCAUGAAACAGGAGAGUCCUUGGAUGACAGUGGAUCUGAAAGCUCUCCUAUGGAAGUGGGAAGCUGGGACUCGAGUUACUCCCUGUCUCCAUCCUCGUCCCCAGUUAACCAUUCCAGUUUCAAGGAGCCCGUGUCCAAGGUCAGCUUACUUAAGAAGUGCUUCACUUUGACCAAAGAGGCUGUGAAACCCAAUGACAACGAUGUCAAGCACCUGAACAGAGAGCUCCACUUGCCUCAGAUGAUCUCGCAGCCUUACUACAAUAUCACCAUCAAGUCCACCCGAGAAAUCGCUGGCUUCAAUGGUUUGGCUGAGGCUUUCCUCCGCUUGGAUUUCUUGAAUGCAGUCAAAGAUAUUCGAAGAUUCAAUUACGUCUCCAAGAUCAUGUACAAGCUGUUCAGUCACGAUCGACUCAGUCAAUUGUCAGGGGCUGCUCAAAAGGUCCUUUUCCGGAUGCUGGAGGAAAUGGCAGACAUGGUCUACAAGAACAAUGUCAAUCAGCAUGUCCUUCGGAAACUCUUGGACGAACUUCACGCAACCCUGUCCAUAUAUCACGUUUGGGGCACUCAUCUCGGCAGCAAGGCCUUGUUCAAACAACAUGUUGAGAGCAAGCGGAAAAUCACGGAAAUGGUCGAGAAAAUGCAGGUUACCUAUAAACAGGACUUGGCCACACCCGCCGCCAAUCUCAACCGCGAAAGCUCACCCGUGAAUAAGAACGGCUUGAUUAACUCGCUACCCGAGGAAUGCAUCCGUGAGAUUCUCUUGAGGCUCUCGGAUCCCAAGGACGUGGAACGAGCCGGUGACACCUGCCUUACUAUGAGUACGAUUGCGCGAGAGAAGCGGGUGUGGCGUGAAUUGGUUCAAACACAUUUCACCAAGCAGCAAAUUGAGUUCAUCAUGAAUGAAAAAGCUGAUCUGAAAGGCCAUAAGGAUUGGAAAAUCAUCUACAAAGCCUUGCGUUGGCGCUUUGGCCUCAAAGAGGAUUACACGGAAGUGCUCAUGCUCUGUCGGAAAUGUCGUGUUUUGUUCUGGCAAUCUCUUGGUCAUCCAUGUUUGGUCCGGGAGAUGAAUAGCAGUGGAAGUGAAGAUGACGAAGAUUCGCAAUCAGUUCAAGUCGAAAGUCCAGUAUCUCCCAACCUCUUUCUCUCAUUUUUCUCCGUUUGAGGCUCAAUUUUGCCUUGAUUUUGAGCAAAAAAAAAACCUUGCCAGAUGUGAAACAACCCGUGUGCAAUAUCAGGGCGAAGUUCAGAGUGGAAAAAAAAUCUUCAACUGUUCCCAUAUUACAUGAAACCAAUUUGUCAAAUCCCUUUACUCUGUAUUUGUCCUCUUUCAAUGCCUUUUUCGCUUGCCCUUUUCAUUUCUUGAAGAUUCCAAGACACAAAGGUGAUUUUAGGAAGGAGAAGUAAGGAAUCCAUUACCCGCGCGUUUGAUCAGAUGAUUAGUUUUGUCAAAAAUGUAUUUCAAAUGGAAAUAAUGAAAUAUGGUAUUACAUACAAUCACACAUUCAUCCUUACAUGUAUACUUGCUCUUUCAGAAAUAAACCGUUCAUACUCUCAUGAUCAAAUUCGGGCCUCAAGAGGAACGCAAGUGUCCCCACUUAACAAACAUGUUUUUUUGAUUUACAUUCUAAACACAAAAAUAAGAUCCGAAACAAAUUCAAAUCGGUUUACCAAACAAGCCUCUUCU